ACCUAUCGACAUUCAACAACUACGAUUUAAAGGUCCAUUGCUCAUCUAUCGUCAACUUUCCCUCUCUCUUCUCGUUCCGACAUGAGCUUCCCGGAGUUCAGGUUGCUGGCGAUGGUGGCCAUCGUCUUCGCCGGAGCCAUGGAAAUUUCUCACGCAUAUGACCGGCCUCCGCCGCGGGAGGAUCUCUUCGUAUCACUCGCCGAAGAUGCUGAUUCGACCACUCCACAACAAAUUCAUGUGUCGUUGGUUGGUGAAGACAGAAUGAGAAUUUCAUGGAUUACCGAUGAACAUACUCCAGCCAUGGUAAACUACGGUACAUCUCCGGGGAAAUACGAACGUUCUGCUAACGGGACCAUUUCGUCCUACGAGUAUAUAAAUUACACCUCCGGUGAAAUACACGACGUCGUAAUAGGUCCAUUGGAUCCAAACACCAUGUAUUAUUACUCUUUUGCCCCUGGUUCAACCCCUGAAUACUCUUUCAAGACUCCUCCGGCUCAAUUUCCGAUCAAAUUUGCUAUUUCAGGUGAUCUUGGACAAACCGAAUGGACGAAAACGACGCUUGAACACAUCUCACAAGCAAACUACGACGUGUUUCUGCUACCCGGAGAUUUAUGUUACGCGGAUAUGGUGCAACCCAUCUGGGACUCAUUCGGCCGGCUGGUGGAGCCGCUAGCGAGCAAACGGCCAUGGAUGGUGACACAAGGCAACCACGAGAUGGAGAUAAUUCCGGCCACUCACCCAACUCCGUUCACUUCCUACAACGCCAGGUGGCAUAUGCCGUUCGAGGAGAGCGGGUCCACGUCGAAUUUGUAUUACUCUUUUGAGGUCUCCGGUGUCCACGUCAUCAUGUUGGGUUCCUACACCGAUUUUGGACCUGGGUCGAACCAAUAUCGAUGGUUAGAGUCUGAUUUGAAGAAGGUUGACCGGAGCAAAACACCAUGGCUCAUCGUGAUUAUUCAUGCUCCAUGGUAUAACUCAAAUGUUGAUCAUCAAGGGGAGAAACAGUCGGUCGAUAUGAAGGAAUCUAUGGAGGGAUUGCUUUAUGAAGCUCGUGUUGAUGUCGUUUUUGCAGGACAUGUUCAUGCUUAUGAGCGCUUUAUUAGGGUUUACAAUCAAAAUAGUGAUGAUUGUGCCCCGGUUCAUAUCACAAUCGGGGAUGGAGGCAACCGUGGACGCUCUGCUGGGAAGUACGAAGAACCACAACCAACGAUAUCGGUAUUUAGGGAAGUCAGUUUUGGGCAUGGGCGACUUGAGAUAGUGAAUUCCAGUUAUGCCAAGUGGUCGUGGCAUAGAAAUGACGACGAUAUAUCAGUUCAAUCCGAUUCAAUCUGGUUAAAAAACCUUGCUUCUGAUCCAGCUUGUAAUAAGUUGGAAAUAUAAUAUCUUUAUGUUUUCAUACCCAAAAUGGAUACUAAAUAAAAUAAACUACUAUAUUCUAAUAGAAGAAUAUGAUCGUAUAUCCUUUUAUUUGACA